UUGUAGUUCUUCGCGAUCUUCUUGCACCAUCUCACACCACGUAGACCACAAAAUGCGGGUAACCAACUCACUGGCACUAACGCUGCUGCUCCUGCUCCUCCUCCGAGCACAAACGGUGUUGUCAGCGCAACCGCAGCAUGUGCCGGUCAAGAUACCACGAGCGGGCAGCUGCACCGCGAAGCUGCAAGUGGGUCAUGAUAGCGCAAGAACGCCUCUAUUAGCAAGAGAAGGACCACAGAGAGUGGUUUUUAACGCAGCCGACAGCACGGAAGCUGCAGCUCGCGGUCCAACACGUGCGCCGUCAAGUGGCUCGUUCUUUGACGAGAAACCCGGUAAUUUAUUCAAUUGUGGGAAAGAACUUGCCCGGGGCAGCACGAGCACCAGUGCAACUACUACAUCUUCUGCGGCACGACCAGGUGCUGGUGAAGAGAUGCAACAUACCGCCCAAGAGGUCCUUGACUUGAUAGCGCAUGUGCUGGCGCAAAGCCGGGGGAUAAUUGAGUUGUUUACUAUGUACAACAGCACGGACGUGGAGGGCGAAGCCGGUCUCUGCCGCGAGGAACAAGAAGAUAUUAAUCUUGUCUUUUCGCCGCGGACGGAGCGAGAACCGGAGCCGGAGACCGAGUCGCAUCUUACCUGCGGUUCCUCCACCGGGGAGAGUCGAGAAACGAAACCGGAGCCGGAGAGUUUGGAAUCCGUGAAAGUUUUUUGUUCGAGAAAAUCACAAGUGCAGAAGGAGCAGUUGUUGCAGCUCCUGGAAACAGACGAAUUUUUCGAGGACAUUCUGGCGAGCGAAAUCAUCUAUCACAGAGAAAAAGGUAUCAACUUCUACAGGGCAUCUUCGUUGUAGAAUGAAGGAAAAACAAAAGUAAAAGUUUUGUCUUGCAUUACCUAAGCACCAUGCUAUCGGCCUAACCGUGACGGUUUAUUUUUUGUAUGUUUAUUCAUUUGUGCAAUACAAGCGUGCCCUGGUUGUAACUUUUUUUUCUGGGAUAUCGUCCCAAGACUGCGGAAAUUCAACUACGGGCAGCUGCGGCGCUUUUUCCCCGGGGUGGAGACGAAAAAACUGCUUUUGCUGCUCAUCAAGGCGUACGAGGAAUUUGAACAUGGCAAGCAUAUCGUGGAAGCUGCUUCUGACCUGACUGGAAUAUGACCUGCAUAGAAUAAAUGGAGUCUCGUCGCUUCAGGAUCAGAUUCAGAAGACAAGUGAUGCAACUCGGCAGGCAUCUGCGACAAGAUUCAGAUUGAUAGAUGUUUUUUCGGCUGACCCCCGGCGACCGGAAUAAAAUGCUGAUAGUUUAGAAUAGUCGCAACUUCUAAGUAGAUACGUGGCCUCUCAAGCCCGCCUGAAGCAACGGCAAGAACAUGUUUUGCACUACAUACCCGAGGACGUCGAAGGCAUCGUCAUCAUCCUCCUCCGGCUCCACUAUUGCUCUCCUUCCGGGAGUUUUCUUAUACCGCAACAUGGCGGAGGCGGUACUCGAUCAGAUCAAAGAGUGGCUGGAAGAGCUGUUGGGAGACGAGCUGGAGGAACAGGACCACCAGGAGGGCACGAUCAUAAGCGCUCUCGAUGCAAAUUUCUCCUCCGGAAGGCUUGUCUCGCCCGGAUCGGGGUUGUCGUCCUCCUUGUCCUAUGUUGUGUACAUAAAGUAUCGUCCGCUUAAGUAAUUGCAGGAAGCAUGCACCAUAAAAACAAACUUCUUUCUUACGCUUAAUCUGCGUUAGCGCGCCGAGCCAAGUGUAGUUUAUGAUGUUGCGGCAAAAAUUUCCACUAGGGGCCAGAUGCUUUUGAAUUGCAUAUCUUCGGCAGGUCGGCGGGGAGGUCGAAUGGCGCGUUGGGCGAGGAGGCACGGGGAGGUGCUGGCUCUUCUUCGCGGGGGCAGCAGUCAUCAUCUGCAGCGGACUAUCCUGUGUAAAAAGCGUCCCCGUCCUCCCAGAGUCAAGGUGGGGAUUUUCGAUUGUGCAACACAAAACUAUUUUCCAGGAGUUGUAGGAGUCACGCAUGACUAGCUUGGCUCGGCACCAGCGUCGUCGUGCCUAUGUACUCCAAAUCCGUGCUGUGUGUCAUCCAGAUUAGCGCCUGACCAAUUUUUCCGAAACGCCAUGAGGAAAUGCCUCUCGUCAUGGAGGGCCGCAUGAAAAAAAAACCUCAUCCAGGGCAGGCAAAUUUACAUGGUGAUAACUGUGGGGAUCGGCACGUUUUUGCUCAGAAUACGGACGCUUCAACCCUUACACCCGACUCGACGGAUUUUUUGGCCAGCCCGAAAACGGUAAAAUCCUGGAGCCAGUCGACUACCGCUUCUUCUUCCGGUGUAGUUCUUGGGGAACAAGGCAAAAAAAGCACGACCAGUAGCUGCACAUCGACGUCUGCUACAUCAUCAAGUUUACUUUCGUCAUCAAAACCGAGGAAGUCCUGGUCUCUACUGCUGUCGGAUAGUCUGGCUGGGACAAAACACGCGAAGCAGCCUUGGUGGGUGUAG